AUGAAGUCAACUGACAGCUUGUCGGAAUACGGGAAGUCUUAUACGUACUUAGACAGCGCUAGAGAUGAGUAUUAUGAUCGUCUAAAGUUCAGAAUACAAAAGCGAAACUCAGAAUACUCACACCAACCAUUUUUGUGGGAGGACUUAGAAAAUCUUCAUCUACGGGAACCUGAGGUGUCACAUCUUGGGAAUAUUUCAUGCGAUGCAACUGAAAACAGUGGAGACGAUGAUAUUGCGGUGGAUGGCCCUGUCAAUCUUCCUGAUGACAUAGUGACAGACGAAGGUGAUGGACAGGAAGUAGAUGAAGGCAGUCUUAACCAAAAUAAGAAAGAAGUUGGCAUUCAAACUCAGAGAUUGUGUCUCCAGAAGACGAUUGAACAACCCAAGGCUUUCGUACCUUAUGCAAUUGGGGGUUCACCUGCUCCGACGUCUGGUGUUAAGAGGACAUUUAACGUUAAGUCCGAAAGAGACGUUUAUCCCUCUGCUGUUCGAGCUGGAAUUCGUCGUAGAGAAAGGCUGAUGGGUUUGGAUCAGUUUAAUUCAUCAAACUCCAAAAUGUCUUCUGAAGUUGUUGCACCAAAAUCACGUCUUUCGAAAAAUAAAACCAGCCCUCAGUGCAAAACUGACAAGAAAUAUGUGCGUGUUCCGCGAAAAUCAGCUGUAGGGACCGUCAGUACAUCCCGAUUAUCUGGUUCGGCUGCUUCGUAUUCUGAUCUGAGUAAUAACGGUCCACAACGUGAGAAUACAUGGAGUUCUGAGUACAUUCAAAGAUAUCCAUUAUAUCCAUCUUCAGUGUAUGUCCGUAGUGCAUCUGUCGCUGCAGGUCGUUGUCGUCCACUUUCUUUUUCACACAAACGACCAUCAUCUUCCUUCCAAGAAAGUUUGGUUCCAUCUACACCAGUACUGUUAAGUUGUCGUGGUUCUAACCCUGCUCCUAAAAAUCCCAGUGGGAAAUGUGCAGAACGACAUUGUCAGGUCCCAAGAAGUCGUCAAAACGGUCUUCCUCUGCUUUAUCGAUCCAGUUCAACAUCAAGCAUAUGGUUGCAUGAUUCAACUGUUACCAGACCAGAUCCAAAAUCCACUGUUCGUGCAUUAGCUCAGGCAAUUUACCUACAGAUAAAACACCGAGAUCUUAGCAAUGCUUGUGAUCCUAUAGUUGAAAUCUUUGAUGAAUCUUUGCAUCCUAUUCAGAAUGAACCUGUCCCAUUUGAUUAUACCACACGUGAUCCAGAUUUAAAAACAGUUUAUCGUUUUAUUCGAAAUCUAUUUCAAAUGGCUCAACUUUCUCCAGAAUGUGCAAUAGUCACAAUGGUCUACUUAGAACGCCUUCUGACUAGCGCUGAGACAGAAUUGACACCCAGUACAUGGAAAAGGAUCGUUCUAUGCGCUAUAGUACUGGCUAGUAAAGUGUGGGAUGAUCAAGCUGUUUGGAAUGUGGAUUAUUGUCAAAUUCUAAAAGAUAUGCAAGUGGAUGAUGUAAAUGAACUCGAAAGAAGAUUUUUAGAAAUCAUUCAAUUUAAUAUCAAUGUGCCUAGUUCAGUUUAUGCAAAAUAUUAUUUUGAUAUUCGAUCUCUGUGUGGAACUAGUUGUCCAGCAACACUAUUGUCUACGGAUCGUGCUUAUAAACUUGAGGCAUUUUCACGGAUUAUGGAUGAUCAAUUCCAUGAUAUUGUUCAAAAAUGUCUUACUAAACGAAAAUGGGGAAGUUUUGAUAAUUUAACAUCUUCACCACCAUUUCGACGUGCUGUAAUCUCAUGA